AUGGAAAUCUACCACAAGGGACCUUUCAGCGGCUUUCUGGCCACCGGUGGCAGUACCCGUGGCACCUUGCGACCUGUGCUGCACUUCGACAGUGAGAAGGGCUUCAUGCAGACCUUGCAGGGAGAACUGCUCAACACCACGGUCUAUCCACCCUUGUAUUUGAUCUUUACCAAGGCAUUCGAAUUUGGUAUUCGAGCCGAUCCCAUCAUGCACUUGAAGGGCGACUUUAUGGGAUUCCAAAACGUGGAAGCGGCCCUGCACUUCCGGGUCUAUCAGAACGUGAGCGUCUACAGACAGGGUCAGGUUCAUUUCGGCGUGGACCAACGCAAGGAACUGGUGCUCUUUCCGUUCCGCGUGGUGGGUCUCAGCAAGUUGGACUUCAACACCAAGUACAAGUUGCAGAUCAAGGCAAAGGGAGUUGAGAAGACCUCCGCACCUACCAUCAGCUGGGGCGACGUCGAGUUCCAUGAGGACGUGUCAAAUUUCAACUUUGGCAACUGCACAGAUGCAGAAGCUGCAGAUCUGAAGAUCGUCUUGACCCUCUACAAGGAAGUUGGAGGCGUAGCCACACAGCUUGGUACUGGAGAGUACACCGUGAUGUCUUGGGAGAAAGGUAUUGCUCAGCCAGUUCCCACAUGGGUGAACAUUGUGAGUGCCUCGAAUGAGCCAGUGGCCAAUGCACAGCUGUACAUUGUCCACAAGGUGGAUCCUGUGCCCUUCCUGGCUUCCAGGAUCAAGGGCAUCGGAUUCUCCUUCCCCUCGAUGUACUUGAUGCCC